AUGGCUCCGCCUCAAAAACGCAAAACGGGCGUUUUUGGGAUGGGUGAUCUGAAGAAUUUGACGAACAAGAGGCAGAAGACCGGCGUCUCAGCGAUGGUUGGCUCCAACAAGUCUGCACUGCAUCAGCGGAAGACAGGAAUUUUCGGGAUGAGUGAUUUGAAGAAAAACACCAAGGAGGCCCGUGCGAAGGGGCGGACUGGUUCUCGUAGACUACAAGAUCUUGCCGCCAACGAGCUCUCGACGGAUGAUGCUCUCAUGGAUGACUUGACCCUGGACCAUACGCUUGGUGUUAGCUCUGAUGUCUCUGCAGACGAGGAGGACAAUGAUCAAGAUUCUGACGAAAGCCAUGAUAGCGACGUCAGUGAGGCAGAAGAGAGCUCUUCGGAAGGAGAGGACGCGGAAGGAGAGGGCUCGGAUGUGAGCAGCAGCGUGCCCGAAGAAGAUGUCAGCGCGGGAGUCAAAGGUGAUCCUAAACAUGGCACGACUAGAAAGAAUACACUACGGGGACUCAACCAAUUCCUCGAUCGCGUAGAGGCCGACAACCAGCUGGUGGCGAAAAUGACCGACGAAGAGCUCAGCACUUUUGCCGCUAAAGAAGACGAGGGUGGCUUCUACGACCUUGUGCCAGUCGCCGACGAUGAAAAGGUGCCAGAAAGCGAACUUGUCGAAUCUGCCUCAUUUGAGGAGAUCAAACCAGGAGUGUGGUACGACGCGACUACGAACCAGCUUUAUCGCCCAACAAAUCUCACCGACCCUGAGACCAAAAAGAUUCGGAAGACCGUUCGCAGACAUAAGAAGGGACCACCUGAGGGUCAAACCUUCAAGGUCAGCAAGAUCUCAGCCAGCGAGCUCAAGAAGUUGAAGGCCAAGACUGAGGAAGGUGAUUUCGAAGACGAAGCUGAAAAGGAAGGCCUCGCGGAAGAAGAAGAAGCCCCGGCCUAA